AUGUCCGACAAGAGCGAAAGCCCCCAUCUCGAUGCCAACGAACAGCGGUUGCUCGCCGCUGCUGCUGAGGCGGCCAUCACCGAGCAUCUGCGGGCCGAGGAACAUCUGAUAACGGCCAACGAAGCCGCAAGCCAGGCCAAGAUUCGCGAGCUAAAAGAUCUAGUCGAUCAGCUUCAGGGUACAGAGGAUCCGGUAGAACAGCAGGAGACCCAGACCGGCGACCCUCCCAUGCCCGCUCCAGGUUCGGGUGGCACGCCCGCAGCGUACCAGGCGUCAGAGCAUCGUGAGACGAUGAGAGCUCAUCUCACGGGAAGGUUCUACAAGGAGCGAAUCAUCCGUGUAAUCAGAGGCGCGCUGGACGGUCUGACGCACGAGGAGGCGUUGGAGAAGGUAGUGGAGCUCAUCAAGUAUGAGCAGCAGUAUGAGGAGCGGGAGGAGACGCCGCGGAUAUUGGUGAAGGUAGACUUGGUGUUUGCUGAGCCUGACCACCGAUGCAGAAAGGACUGA